AUGGGUUAUCUGAAAAAUUUCGGUGGAAUGCAGAAGAAGAUUACUAGAGACGGGCAACCUGCCAAGAGGCGAGGCCCCAAGCCCGACAGUAAGCCGGCACAGACACGACGGCAAGAGCUCAAUAGACAAGCUCAAAGAACACACCGGGAACGGAAAGAAAAUUACAUCAAAGCCCUGGAAAUGGAGCUUGCUCGACUUCGAGAAAUCUACGUUCUGGAACAGAAUACUCGUGAUUCGACCAUCCAGCAGCAGAAACUGAUCAUCGGGACUCAGCAACGAGAGAUCCAGGGGUUGAGAGAAAUCCUUGCAUCUCGAGGAAUUACUUUCGAGAACGAACUGGAGAACCGCAAAGCCAUGAUGACGAUGAAACCGAAACGAGAAGAGAACUCGAUGACCCCAACGUCAAUCAGCACCUUGAGUCCGCAGUCAGCUGGAAACAAAUCAGCCGGCUAUGGAGCAGUGGGACGCCCACCGGGUUCGGCAGCAAGCGGGUACUCUCCUCAGGCAUACUUGAGCAGCGCUCCCAUGAGUUUGUCCGGCCACUCGCCUGGUACCACACAGUAUGCAAGUUCGCCGCAAGGACCAGAUAUCCAAGAGUUUUCCAUCAAACAGGAAGACGAUGCGACACCCGACAUGCCUGGAAUCUUUGAAAAAGAGCCGCAGUUGGGCAUUGACUUUAUACUAAAGCUCGAACAGACUUGUCGGGACCACGAGGAGUAUCUCGUGCGACGAUCAAUGGACUCACCCAACACCGAAGAAGAGGCCCUCUUUUCCGGACAUGCGUUGAUGGCCAGCUGCCCGCCCCCGAGCCAUAUUGAACGAGUGCCGGCGCAACAGGGAGGUCUGCAGCCAACAUACGAGCACAAAGUGCCCGAUGCAGAGUCGGUGCAAAUCUUGAAUAACCUUCUCAAUCUCAGCCAGACCUUGAAAGGUAGCGCCAUCCCAAGUGGACAGGUCACCCCUAUCAUGGCUCUGCAAUCGCUCAAGGGUCACAGAAACUAUGCCACUCUGACUAGAGAGGAUGUGUUGUGCAUGAUUGAAUCCAUCAGAAGCAAGGUUCGAUGCUAUGGCUUCGGCGCUGUGAUGGAGGAUUUCGAGCUGCGUGAUGCCUUAUCUAGCAUAUUCGCAACCAAGCCGGAGACGUACGAUCAGCUGGGCACGGAUUACACAGCUGAAAUUGACGAGAUGUACUCAUGA